AUGCGUCUGGUAUCACUUGUCGCUGUUGUUGGCGAUGUGCUUAUCCCUGCAGCUAGUGCCCGUCCUGCAAAUUGUCGCCCCCAAAGGCCGACAACUACUUCUGCCGCCGGGGUUGAGACCUCGAGCACUGACACCACUCUCGCGACCUCUUCCCAAACGACCAAUGUGAUCGAGACCACUGCUACUUCUGAUCUCACCAGCGAACUUGUUACCACGACCUUGGGCCUUACCAGCGAAGUAGAGACGAUCAUUACUCAAUCUACUUUAGACACGACCACUUUGAUCACAACUGCUACCACAAUUACUGAAACGAGCGCUGGUGAGAUAUCUGCAAGGGAGCCAACAAGCACCGAGACAUCUUCUGCUGGAACGGCUACUAUUACCACAACAACUCUUGCGACGACGACCGCUGCCACUACGCGUGUUUCCGAGACGAUCACUGAUACGCAAACGACUGAUCAGACUACCUCUGCUGAGGCAACAACUAUAAAUGCCGAUGCGACCACCGUAGACCAAACCACGGACUAUACUACAACUUUGGAGACAACAAAUACUGACGAGACGACCACUGCUGGGGUAACAACUACCACCGGCAUGACUCCUGCUGCUGAUACAACCACUACAACUGAGAUACCGACCACCACCAUGGCAGCUCCCGAGCCGACUAAAGCUCUCCUAAAUGGCGGGUUUGAAGAUGCGACGAAUGGUCCUUGGACUUUCUUGAGCGGACAAAUCACGAAUGAUCCCAGCCUUGCCCACUCCGGUUCUAAAUUUGCACAACUUGACGUCCAAAACCAGCAAGCUCAAGGCCAGAUACGUGUCGAACAACUCACCAGCACAAGUAACACUAAGCGAUACACUCUCAGCUUCUACGCCACUGUGCUCUCUACGCCUAAUAUGAAACCCGGCAACUCUUGCCAGAUCUACCCUUUCCAGGAUAAUUCGUCGUUCAAUGGACAGGGCUUACCAUUGGACUUUUCGGCUCUCAACACUUACACGCAUUUUACAUAUUCCUUCACCCCAAUUAACAACAAUUUUGUGCUCAAGUUGGGAAUCUCAUGUUCCAGAGGCAUGGCCACUACGUUUUCCGUCGCUAUUGAUGAUGUUUCUAUCGUGGAGGUCGUUUAG